AUGUCAGUCAGUUCAAAAUUAGUUGAAGAAAGUUUAAAAUUGGUGUAUGGAAAGGACUCCAAUGUCAUUGCAGAGGGUAGACCUGCUGGAGUUCAGGCUCUCUCCGGCACGGGUGCCUGCCGUCUCUUUGCUGAGUUCCAGAAUCGAUAUUAUCCUGAAUCACAAAUUUAUUUACCCAAUCCAACUUGGUCCAACCACCACAACAUCUGGAGAGAUGCCCACGUUCCUUGGAGAACCUUCCGCUACUAUAAUCCAAAUACAAGAGGUUUAAACUUUGCAGCACUCAUGGAUGACAUCAAGAUUUUACAGAAUGCCCCGGCCAGUUCAUUUUUCUUCCUCCUUCCUUGUGCUCAUAAUCCAACUAGAGUUGACCCUACUGAGGAACAAUGGAGAGAAAUCUCAUAUCAGUUUAAGGUAAAAAAUCAUUUCCCCUUUUUCGAUAUGGCUUGUCAAGGUUUUGCAAGUGGACAUCUCGACGUUGAUGCCAAAGCCAUCCGGAUUUUUGUUGAAGAUGGUGUUCUGUGUUUCGAUCAAAAGCAAGGAGUUGCAGUCAAAAGCCAACUUCAGCAGAUUGCAAGGGUAAUGUACGGCAGCCCUCCUGUUCAUGGACUAUUAUUGAUUUCCACGAUCUUGAGCAAUUCGGAUAUUAAAUCACUUUGGCUCAGAGAGGUGAAGGUUAUGGCAAGUCGCAUUAAAAGUAUCCGUUCUGCUCUUCGUGACAGUCUUGACAAUUUGGGUUCUCCUCUUAACUGGGAACACAUUACUAACCAGGUUGGUGUACUAAUACGAAAAGAGUAA